ACAUCUGUUUCGUCAAAAUCACACGCAGUAGCUCUUUUCUCUUGCUGUUUUUCUUUAUCUUCCCAAAAAACACAAAAUGUCUUAUGCAUAUCUUUUCAAGUAUAUCAUUAUUGGAGAUACUGGUGUCGGGAAAUCUUGCCUUUUGUUGCAGUUCACGGACAAACGAUUUCAGCCUGUUCACGAUUUGACGAUUGGUGUCGAGUUUGGAGCUCGGAUGAUUACUAUUGAUGGAAAGCAAAUCAAGCUGCAGAUCUGGGACACUGCUGGACAAGAAGCUUUCCGCUCAAUCACUAGAUCAUACUACCGAGGUGCAGCUGGUGCUUUGCUUGUAUAUGAUAUUACAAGGAGAGACACUUUUAACCAUUUGACAACAUGGUUGGAAGAUGCUCGUCAGCACUCCAACUCCAACAUGGUCAUUAUGCUUAUUGGAAACAAAAGUGAUUUGGAAUCCAGACGUGAAGUGAAAAAAGAGGAAGGUGAGGCUUUUGCCAGAGAACAUGGCCUUGUAUUCAUGGAAACAUCAGCUAAAACUGCAGCCAAUGUGGAAGAAGCUUUCAUUAAUACGGCCAGAGAAAUCUAUGAAAAGAUUCAAGAGGGAGUAUUUGAUAUUAACAAUGAAGCCAAUGGAAUCAAAAUUGGACCUCAACAUUUGCCUAGCAAUGCUAACACUCCUUCUGGAGGUGCAAGUGCAAGCCAAGGCGGAUCCUGUUGUUAAAUUAAAGCAAAAAGAAACGCUGAACACCCUAACAACUCCUGACUUAAGCAAAGCUCUCGGCGUUAUAUUUAUUACAACCGGCUCUUCUUUCCUAUCCUUCUGUUUCCUUACCUAGCUUCUUCUUUUGUUUCGUUAGCUUCUAAUUUUUUUUUGCUUUUUUCUUUUUUUAAAGAUCUUGAUAUUCCCUUUGCCUUGGAGAAUAUUUAGAGAUAAAAAUCUUGGUAUAGUGCACCUUUAAUUUGUCUUAGUCUUAGCUUUCGAAAAGCCGCACUUCUUUUCGUCCCCACUUGUUUCGGUGUGUUGAGAAAAACCCGCUCCAUGAUGGAUUACUUUAACCUGUCAAUCGUAAACUCAGGAACCCGUGUUUAGAAGAAAAGGAAAAGCUUAGAUCUACAGGGCCAAAAAAAAAAGAGAGAAAAUUAAAAAUAGCUAUUCCGAUGAAUAUCGCCAUCAUGCAAAAAUCAUGACGGGUAGAGGAACCUUUUUGUCAUCGUGCACGAGACGCAAGAGUGAAGGAUCCAGACAUGUCAUUCCAUCGGAGGUGGCAUUGAUGUUAUCAUCUUUGUUGGCAUUUGCUCUCUUUUUAGAAGAAAAAAAACGAGUUGAUAUUCCAGGUUUUCUAUCCAUGGCGCGUGGGUCUUCAUUAAAAAUUCUCCUCCUCCUCUAUUUUUCCAUAAAUGAUGUGUGCUGUGUUCUUUCCUGUUUUGAUGUCGAGAAGAGAUUGAGGAGCGUAUGUAGGUGGUUCUCAGUUAGCCCUCCCCCCCUCCAUUUUCCCCCUCUAAUUGAAAUUCAUGCUAGUCGUGUCUCAUCAUCUCGAUGAUAACUUCUUUCCUUACUAUUUUUCAUUUCAUUAUGUCGAGGGGAAACAUUCGAAAGUAAUGAAGCUGAAUUCGCAAUUUAUUCAUUCCAAACGGCGAGUUGCUGCAUCGCCAUUAUUUUUCCCCCAUUUUCAUAUCCCAGGUGCGAAUAUGUGUGCGUGUCUCUUCACGAUUUUUAUCAAAUGCCCUCCUUUUUCCUUCUGUUUGUGUGUAUGCCCCUACUCCUCUCUCUCGUUCUCGUGUUUAGUUUCGAUGUAACUGUCGUUCUCUCUUUCUUUCAAUCCGCAGCAAAAAAAAAAUGAAUUCGAAUUACACGAUUUGCAAGGCCAAACAA